CGAAGUUCUAGCAAAUUUAAUUUUGCUAUCAUGCUCCUAAAAGUUGCGAUUUGCGACAACAAAGAAAGCGAAUGAGUUUAUUUGUCUUACCGGAAACGAGAGAACGCCUGAGGACACUUGCCGAGAUCGAAAACGAUUGUAAAAACAUUACAUUUUAAAGGCACAAGGAGUCCUCAAGUGUCCAACCUUUAGGCACGACGAUGGAUCAGUUUAGGGUGACAUUAGUGAGAAUAUCAGAAAAUCUUAGCGACGAUCAGUUGUCCAACCUUAAAUUUUUAUGCAAAGGUAAAAUUGGAAAGAAAAAACUCGAGGAUAUCCAGAGCGGUACAGAACUUUUUGAUUGUUUGAUGGAAAAAGGUGAAAUCGGGCAUGACAACGCAGAAUUUCUGUCAGAUAUUCUAACACACAUUGGUCGGACAGAUCUCGCCGAAAUCAUCACCCAAUUCGAAACUCAUGGGACUGGAACCAAGGAUGAUUUACCAGAGGAGGCUGAGCAAGAAAAACUCCGGAUUGCAAAAGAAGUCAUUGCUCAAAACCUUGGAAAGAGAUGGCGUCAGUACGGACGAAAACUUGGUCUCAGCGAUGCUAAACUGGAGAGUAUCGAGGAGAAGCACCCUCGCAAUUUAGAAGAACAAGUGAUGGAACUUUUUAGAGAAUGGAUGAAACUGCGUAAACGAGAAGCAAAGGUGGAUGAACUGAUUAAGGCACUUCGCUCUUGCAGUCAGAAUUAUACUGCUGAUCUUGUGGAGAAACAACUCAAAAUCGAAAGGCCCUGAUUUUAUACAAAGGUGUACUAUAUUUUUGCAGGCCACUAACGUGUGUACGCAUAUUUAUGUUUUCUUUACUGGGAAUUUUGUCUUUCAAGCUUUUUCACCCAGUUGCAAAGCACUUUUUUGUCUCCUUAGAGGUUGGAAGCCUGGGCAAAUUGGGUCUCCACAUGAGCCUCAGUAAUAGGUUGGUGGACUGAAUUUACUCUGCUGUCUUUGUCUUUGCUGAGAUUUUGGGUGUUUUUUCACUCAUUGUUAUUAUUAUUAAUUUCUCCCCUUUUUUCGUGCAUGCAUGCUCAAGUACAUAAACUGUGAAAUCAUCAGUAUUAGGGCAUCUGUACUGUAACAGUAUCAAUGUGAGAUUUAAACAUAGUUACAAAUUUUGGCUGUUAAAACCUUCUGUAGUGAUCAUGACUGUACUUGUCAUUCUGCUGUGUAAAAGGCUGUCUGUGCCUGUGGGUCCUGUUUUACAUGCAUUCCACAAUUCCAUUUUUUACCCAUGCUAUUGAUUCAGCUUGCUUCAACAUAUUCUUCAGGAAGAAUCAA